UUGAGUUUUUUUUUUUAGAAUCGGUGUAUCUUUAUAGAAUAUAGUGCAGGGAAAGGAUUAAAUAAAGUUUGGUUUAUGAUUUUCAGUAAUUUUAUUUAAGUAUUUUCAAAACAUUACCAAGUGUGGUGGCAUAAAGAUCGUGUAGAAGUCAAAAGCGGAUUAAGAUUUGAGUUAUGGUAACCUAUGAAUUUUGUUUACCGAUAGGUUAACAGACUGUAAGGAAAGUUCAUUCUGAUAUGGUUCAACAAUAUACAUCACCUGUAAGGGUGUACAAACAUCCAUUUCCACUUGUGAUGAUGGCGUAUGAGCGUAGAUUUCCUACAUGUCCUCAAAUCCCUGUUUUUGUUGGUUGCGACAUAGUUUCGGACGAGGAAAGUAAAAACGGUGCGAUCAGAAUAACAGAAAGGAGAUGCAAAUUAAACGUCGAUGCGCCCUAUAUCUUGAAAAAGAUAAUUGGCGUAGAUUUCGUGUACUUCAUCCAAAAGAAUGUAUUAAAUAGAAAGAACUGUAUUCUAGAAAUAGAAGCAUACAAUGAAAGCUUUUCGGCAAGAGUAACGGUUAUCGAAAAGUGCAGAUAUUUUGUUCAUCCUCAAAAUGAAGAAUGGACAUGCUUUGAACAAACUGCAAGUUUAGAUAUUAAAAAUUUCUUCGGUUUCGAGAAUUCGAUGGAAAAAUUGGCAAUGAAACAGUACGCUCAAAAUAUUGCAAAGGGGAAGGAAAUAAUAGAGUAUUUUAUAAAUGAAUUAAAAAAAGAGGGGAUUGUUUAUGUGCCUCCUUGGAAAGAUCUGAGCGAAAAAUCUUCAAAGAACGAGAAUAAUGUUCCAGAAAAUGAAAAUGAAGAGUCCGAUGAUAGAAGCGAAGCUUACACGUGUUUAGACAAUACAUUACAAAUCACAGAAAUGCAGCUUUCUUCAGAUUACAUAGAGAGAUACUUGGGAAAGCUCGACAUGAUACAAGAAAGUAAACUUGUUCAGCUCUGGCAGAGUAUAAAAGAAUUGAGAGGAAGUUCAGUUCCCGGCGAUACAACGCUUUUACGGUUUUUGAAAGCGACGGAAUUUUCAGUCGAAAAAGCGAAGGAGAUGCUGACUCAAUCGUUGCAUUGGCGAAAGAAACAUCAAAUCGAUAAACUCCUCGAAGAAUAUGAUACUCCGCAGGUCGUGAAAAAUUAUUUUCCUGGCGGCUGGCACCAUUUCGACAAAGAUGGACGGCCUUUGUAUAUUUUGAGGAUGGGACAAAUGGACGUGAAAGGAUUAUUAAAAUCCAUCGGAGAAGAUGAUUUAUUGUUAUUAGCACUGCAUAUUUGCGAAGAGGGUCUUCUUUUAAUGGAAGAAGCAACUACUGUUUCUGGCCACCCAGUCUCGCAAUGGUCUCUAUUAAUAGAUUUAGAAGGUUUAAACAUGCGCCACUUAUGGAGACCCGGUAUAAAGGCUUUAUUACGUAUUAUUGAAAUCGUUGAGAUUAAUUAUCCAGAAACCAUGGGACGUGUUCUGUUUAUGCGAGCACCAAGAUGCUUCCCUAUUUUGUGGACGCUUAUUAGCACAUUCAUAAACGAGAACACACGAAAGAAAUUCAUAUUUUACUGUGGCGCCAAUUACCAAGAAGAAGAUUCAGGCAGUCUCAGCGAAUACAUAGAUCCAAAAUUUAUACCAGACUUUCUUGGGGGAUCGUCCGAGGGCAAUGUAUGUGAGAUGUACGGUAUGAUACCUCGAAGGCUUUAUAUUUUCAACGCAACUGCUUGUAACGUCUAUAUCACAGAAGGAGGAACCGUUCCAAAACAUCUUUAUAAAUCGGAGUUAGAAAUCACAUCCGCUGAUGAAGAACAGAGCCUGUAUCAUACCAUUACCUUAAGCCGUGGACAAAUACAUCGGGUAGUAAUACAUUCCAACGAUCCAGGAUCAAUUUUAACAUGGGACUUUGAUGUGAUGCGGCACAACAUAGUAUUUAGUGUAUUGUAUCAAGCAAACGAUGACAAGAAAUACCUAACUUCAGAUUCCUCAAAGACUUUUACGGACGAAAAUGCAGAAUUAUUGGAAACAAAAGAAGCAAAAACACAGCUUGUUAAGAUUGAAUCCAGCAGUGUUUGCCACGAUGGUGAAAGUAUACAGGGAACUCAUGUAAUGCAAGAAGCAGGAAUAUAUAUAUUACAGUGGCAUAACCAAGACGAUCUUGGAGAAUUCCUUCCAUCGAUCGGCGGUUACAAAGCGCAACUUAUGUACUUUUAUGAAACAUUACCUUCGGUUCAGUAUAGAGGGUCGAUGAUGAGCUUGCAAUCCGCCGUUAGCGGAAAAUCAGAGGCAAGUUCAAAUUUGUCCAGAUGAUGCGUUAAAGAUACUAUACGACGUGGUGCACGAUGACUGGAGUUACGUUACAACGAAA